CCUCUGCCCUGGGUGGAGCUUGAUCCUGCGGGCUCGGAGGUGCCCGUGAAUCAGGCUGCAGGCACGUCCAGGGCGGCGGAGCCAGCUGAGAGCGCGACCCGCCACCUGCCCGGCACACCUGGGAAGUUCUCAGAUUUGUGCCUCUGCUUUUGAAGAUACCGGCAGCACCUGAAGGACGCGCGGAGCUGAAUGGCAGAGCCUUAGCAGGCAGGCACAGCAAUGGCACGCUCGGCAGACGGCGGCUGCUCCGCACGCAGGGUCUGAUGGUGCUUCCUCAGCACUGCCUUCCGAGAAGGAGCUGCCUGGAAGAGGACGCGGCAUCUCCCUCCCCACUUCUCACCCCGUAGCCCAGCAGGGUGACGGUGCAGAUUUUCCAGCCCGGUUACUCGGCCGCAGGACCGGAGUUCGGUGCGAUCCAGUUCGGGUGUUUGCUGCAGCCCUCUGGCUCUGUUUUCACAGUUUCUGUUCAGCUCAAGCCAGCAUUGCCAGGCAUUUCACCUGCACGACUGUUCCCCCCUUUAUGGAUUAUUCUGGAUAGGUUGGACAGCGUGGCCUCCAGCACAGCCCAGGAACCCUGCGGAGCUGCAGAGCUCCAGGGGGCGCAGGGUCCUGCGUGACGUCCCAGCAGAAUGGGGUGACUGAGGAUUUUGUGUCACCAAAGUGGGGAAUGUCAAAGAAGAGAAGAGAAGUGAGGAUGGUGCUGUGUGAAGUGUUUGUGAUUUCAUUGCUUUGGUGUUGUGGGCUGGUUUGGGAAGUCUGUGAAUCCAGGAAAGGCCUUCAGUCCAAGAAAGCCGUUGAACCCUGAGAGCAUUUCCUUGAAAUGAGGGGUUGAGACACUUUAGCACAGCCAAGAGCAGGUGAGGAGACCUGAGCACAGCAAAAGGGAGGUAUGUAAGUGCUCACUAUUUUACAGGACAGUCCUGAAGCCUCUUUUUCUUCCUCCUGCAACCACGGCAAUCAUUUCUGUAUUGAAUGCUACCGAAAACAGGAGCUCCUUCCACCCUCUGUGCUCAGCAUCCCUAUGAAGGCAGCUUGACGCAAGCAGUCAAGGACUGCCAAGCUCUUUUCUUCUAACAGCGAGGAAGGCUCUGUGGAUGUCAGUGAUGGAAGCAUUAUAGUGCAGGGUUUGUCUCGAGUCUGGAGUGAUAGCUUCCCUGCAGGCCUCACUGUAAAACACCAAAUCAAUCAGCCCGGGUUUUCCCAACCUUAACUCCAGGAGACUGAAGAAGAAUCCUGCCCUUGCCUUUAUUUCUUCAUGGCUCUCAUGAGGACUCGUGAGCACACAGCAGUGUGGUGCCCUUAAACUUGCCUGCAUCCCACUUAUGGCCGUGCUUCUCUUCCCACACUGAGCUCUCCCUACCCCCAUGGCUCGCCGAUCUCAAAGCUCCUCGCAGGGGGACAACCCGCUUGACCCUAACUACCUUCCCCCCCACUACAAGGAGUAUUACCGCCUGGCUCUGGAUAUACUCACCGAAGAGGGCAAAGAAAGUUACGAACGCUUUCUGGCAGAGGAGGCAGCCCCCGAUUUCCUUUGCAACUCGGAGGUGGAUCACAUCCUACAGAACCUUCAGAAGCCCCAGUAUGCCAAUCAGGAAGGUAACGCAGACGCGGCGGGGGACAACGACGUGGAUGGAUCCUCCGGGACGUACUGGCCCAUGAACUCAGACCUCGCCGUUCCGGAGCUCGACCUGGGCUGGCCCAUGGUCUUUGGGUUCAGGGGAACAGAAGUAACAACCCUGGUGCAACCGCCGCCCCCCGACAACCCCAGCAUCAAGGAAGAGGCUCGCAGGAUGAUUCGAGCUGCUCAGCAGGUGGUAGCCAUAGUCAUGGACAUUUUCACUGACGUGGAUCUGCUGUUCGAAGUGCUGGAUGCUGCUGCUCGCAGAGUCCCCGUGUACAUCUUGCUCGAUGAAAUGAACUCUCAGCUUUUCCUUGAUACAGCUGCUAAAUGCAGAGUCAAUCUGAACUAUGUGGAGUUCCUGAGGGUGAGAACAGUUUCUGGCCCAACCUACUACUGCCGCACGGGGAUGUCUUUCAAAGGACACGUGAAGGAGAAAUUCCUCCUGGUGGACUGCAUGGUGGUGCUGAGUGGCAACUACAGCUUCAUGUGGUCUUUUGAGAAGAUUCACAGGAGCAUUGCGCACAUCUUCCAGGGCGAGCUGGUGGCCAGCUUCGAUGAAGAGUUCCGAAUUUUGUUCGCACAGUCAGAACCUCUCGUUCCUCCAGCCAACGUCUUGGCCAAGGCAGAGAACCCCUUUGCCAUGACUCCCUUCGGCAACAACAUGCCUUUCUUUCCUAAAAAAGCACCCCUCAUGUUCCAGAGGGACGACAACCUUUUUCCCUCCUUCAUGGACAGAGUUGAUCCAGACCGGUACUUCCUGUCCAACUUCCGGCGCGAUGAUUUGUUGCGCCAUACCGUGGAGGGGUCAGCCAUGCGAAUGUACAAAAAGGUGGAGAUGGAGAAUGCUCAGAUGGAUCCCGUCAGGGGUUUUCUCCGUUCCAAGCAGCUGGAGUUGGAUGCUUUUAAGAGACACAGUUUUGCAGAAGGAACGUUUGAAAAUUUUGCUUCUUCUAAGCAAUAUGCCAGGCAGAUGUUCGUGAACAACAUGGACGAAUUUAAAAUCCAGUCCAGUCAUUUUCAGAAGGAUCAGUUCUACCAGUACCAGUUUGAACACCCCCACCUUUCUGGCAGACCCCAGGGAUUCUUCGACAGAAUACGAGGUGGGAGGCCAGGAUUCAAUGAAUUGGAAGAGGGAGGGCCUCUUCCCUAUGGAGAGGGACCCAGAUACCCCGAACUUGAAUCCGGUUUCCCACAGGAGGGUUUCCCCUUAAGGCUGGAUUACGUGCCUUCGAAUUCUUCCAGGGAAGUGAGACAUGGCUCUGAUCAGCUGAACCCUGCAGGCAACGGCCCGAUGGGAAUGAUGCUGAGAAGGCAGAAUAUAGGACAGAAGUUUAUUUGCCAGACUUCUCCUACGCAGAAGCAAAGCCUGGAACAGCGCCUGUUCUUACAAGACAAAGACGAGGACCAGGAUCAGGACAAGAACACUCAGGAAAAUAGAACAGGUUUACGCAACUGGAGGAUUUCUUCGUACCUCAGCGCCUACCAGUCGGAACCAGAAGAAGGUCUCCCGAUGCCCAUGGAAUCGGAAGCCUAUAAUGAUGUUCUUGGGGAUCCCCUCGCAAAGCACCCCACUGACCUCAUCCCAGCAUUCAAAUCCCCUGUGUCUUUUAAUAGCAAGUCACUGGGGGUUGAAAACGCCAAAGAAUUUGCGGAUCCUGAAAGAGGAGGUGAAGAAACACCUCUGAUGAAACAAGACGCCUUCAGGUCCAGAAUAAAUCCCUUGAUCCAAAGGAGCUCCAGACUCAGGUCCUCUCUGAUUUUCAACGCUGCCAAGUUAGAUCAGCCUAACGCAACAGUAGAGAAGGUUCAGAUGAUCCACAAGGAACAAGUGUCCAAUGAACUGACAAAGGACAAUGAAACCAUAAAGACGGCCGCCUCGUCGAAAGUGGCGGAACUGUUAGAGAAGUACAAAGCUGUGGGCAAAGACGCCGAGCGAGCUACAGUCACUCACACCAAAGCCGUUUCCAGUUUUCUCCAGGAGGAAUCACAGAACACGGAGAAGAAAUGUACCAAAUCCGUGCAAUACAAGAUUCUGGAGAGUAGAGUACUGGAGUCCAAAGACUCCUGCAGUUCUUACAAGAUGCACGGGGAGACUGACAGAGCGUUUGGAAUGGCUUCGUCGGCCCCCCAGCUCAUUGAUGCUUUGAGUAAAGAUCCCUUAGCACACCUGGGCGCUAAAGUGGACAAACUGUCAUCUCGGUUUUACCCUAUAGAGAAUAAACCUGCUCUUCCAGAAAAGGAGAGCCUUAUAUUUGUAGGAGAUACUCAGAAAUUGGCUCUUCCAGAAAAGAAGGAACGAGUGACGUUCAAGGAAGAUGCUGAAAAAUUGGUCAGUGCAGAACUGAAGAAACCACAGGGGAGGAUGGGCACCACAUCGGUCAUCGAAAACCUGUCUAAAGGUCCAGGAUCUGACAGCUCCCUCAAUAAAUCCGAGGAAGAGUGUUCAAAACAGGAACAAAACACAAUGGAGUUUUUAAGGAAAGGAUCCCUGCGGUUGAAGCAGUUUCUGAACCCGAAAGGUGAAAAGAAACUGGAGGAGGAACCCAGUUGCGAGGUCGGAAAGUCUGACAAACAGCCCACGGGUCUCAAAAGAUCUUCCAUAGGCGACUGUCAGGAAAUGGUGGUGGAGGAAGAAAAAAACCACAAAUUUGCAACGCCGCUUCCUCCCAAAAGCAGCCAACCGACGCAGGGCAGAUUUCCUUCGUCCACAGCCAACAUUCUGUACAGCAGCAAUCUCCGUGAUGACACCAAGGUGAUUUUGGAACAAAUCUCUGCCAACAGCCAGAAGAACAGAGCUGAACUGGCCAAGCAGCUGCCAUCCACCAGCAAUCCCGACCUUUCUAAGUCAACUAUGAGCUUGGAAAGGAAAGCCGAGAAGGAGAAAAGCUGCAACAUCCACAGGUCGGAGAGCUUUGGGAGCCAGAAGCGAAACGUCCAGCGGCAGCCGUCGGAGGACAGAGACACGCUGCUGAAAAAGAUGGAGAACAUGCGGAAGGAAAAGAGGGUGUACAGCAGGUUUGAGGUCUUCUGCAAAAAGGAUGAGCAUACGAGCCAGAGCGAGGAGGAGUACGACGCGGACGCCAAGGACAAGAAGAUGGGAAAGUUCAUGCCCAAAAUCCUGGGGACCUUCAAGACCAAAAAAUGAUCAUAGGAGCGCUGUUUAAUUCCCUAUCGUCACUGACUGGCAAAGCAAUGAGGGAGAAACACAUUUAUGACGGCUGCGAAGCUCUUCGAGGCUGGCAAGGGGGAUGUGUUCAGCGUGACUCCUAGGGCACAGACGGCCCCGUAGAGUCGUGUGGUAACAGGAAACCUUGUUACAGUAUAUUUAAAAUAAAAUUAUUAAAUUGCCAA